UUAAAAGGAAUAGGAGCAGAGGUUCAGAGGCUGAGCACAUUUCUUCUUCUCACUGCAGGCAAGCAAAUGUCAAGCACAGCUCAGACGGUGCCUGACCAUGAAUUCAGCCAACAGUACAGAAGCAGAGACAGAGGAAGAGGACUUGUUUAGCCCAAGUACCUAUGAACUCCUUGCACUCAUCAUAGCUGUGAUUGGUAUUUUAGGCUUGUCCAAUAAUGUGCUGGUUUUAGUGCUUUACUAUAAGUUUAAGAGGCUCCGAAGUCCAACAAACCUGUUUCUGGUGAACAUCAGUAUUAGUGACUUACUGGUUUCUGUUUUUGGAAUUGGAUUUACCUUUGUGUCUUGCAUGAAGCGACGAUGGAUUUGGGACACAGCAGGUUGCAUCUGGGAUGGCUUCAGUAACAGUCUGUUUGGGAUUGUUUCUAUUAUGACCCUUACCGUUCUUGCAUAUGAACGCUACAUCCGAGUAGUGCAUGCCCAGGUGAUUGACUUUCCAUGGACUUGGCGUGCAAUUACUUACAUUUGGCUUUACUCAUUGGCGUGGACUGGUGCACCUUUAAUUGGAUGGAACAAAUACAAACUGGAAAUACACAAGCUAGGCUGUUCUGUUGCUUGGGACUCAAAGGAUCCAAAUGAUGCUUCAUAUGUACUCCUUUUCUUUUUUGGUUGCCUAGCUGUCCCUGUAGGUAUUAUGGCAUAUUGUUAUGGACAUAUUUUGUACACAGUAAGAAUGUUGAGAUGUGUUCAAGAACUCCAAACUGCUCAAAUUGCAAAAAUCUUACGAUAUGAAAAAAAGGUUGCUAAAAUGUGUUUCCUAAUGAUAUUUACUUUCCUGGUCUGCUGGAUGCCCUAUGCAGUAGUAUCCCUCCUGAUGGCUCAUGGCCAUAGCAACAUCAUCAGUCCAACAGUAGCCAUCAUUCCUUCUUUCUUUGCCAAAUCAAGUACAACCUACAAUCCAAUUAUCUACAUUUUCAUGAGCAGGAAGUUCCGCAGAUGCCUUGUGCAUCUUCUAUGCUCACGCAUGCUAAGAAUUCAGCACUCCAUUAAGUCAAAGCCAACGGUGACGACAGAUAUGCCAGUUCGGCCAAUUAUGUCACAACAAGCCAAAGAAAGACCUAAGAAGAAAGUGACUUUCAGCUCUUCAUCCAUUGUUUUUAUUAUAACCAAUGAUGAAAAUCAUGACAUUGAUGAAGGCACUAAAAAUAGCUCAGCAAAACUGAAUGUGAUCCAGGUCAAACCAUUGUAAUUUACUGAGGUACACUGGAAAAAGCAAGGGCACUUACAAGCACUGCUCACAGGAUUUGUCACAUUGAUAUUAAAUUAAUAUUCUGCUCAUGGCAAGUUGCAACUUAAUUUUUUUGAAAUUCUUUGAUCAUCAUUUCCAGAAGAAAUCAUUCACAAAGCAGCUGUGAUUAAAAAAAAACAUUUUGACAGGCUCAGAAUGCUAUCAUUAUUGUCUGUUAGUCAUAUCCUACUACCUAUAAGAAUGUGUUAUCUUUUUAUGAGACAAUGUGUUGCACUGAAGGACAAAACAAAAUCAUUUUGCUUACUUCGCUCAUUUGUCAUAAAUUAUAUUUCUGUUGAACAUAGAGCAUAAAGCAGACAAUGGCAUUUUUGCUGUGGAGUGAUGCCUACAUCACAUGUGUGGACCAUGGAAACUGGAGGUUUUUAAAACACAAUAAAGUAAAACUUUUAAUGAAGCUAAGCAGCCUACUUGUCCUGGAAAAAAUAACUGAACUGCUGUCUUAAUCAACAAUGUUUUAUUUGAUCCCAAUUUCCACUAUUCCACUCCUUAUGCCUUUGAUUUCCUUAAAUAGAAACAAUUGCCAAAUAUGUCCUCCUUGAAUGUACUGUUCUCUCUAUUUUUGCUUAAAAAUCUGUCUUGUAUGAGAGUGUUUAAUGGCAUGGUCUGACAUUUUCUUAUAUAAAUCACAAAAAAAAUAAAGUAUACACAAAACCUCGCUAACCU